GAUGAGGAGAACUUCCUGUUGGCAACCAGCAACAGUUUUUCGGUUUCUAGGCAGUUUUCUAAGAUAAACGCUGCAGGAUAUAUAUAUAUUUUUUUAGAUAACAGCUGGAAUAUCAACUUCGUGAAAUAACUGAACUUGUAUCUAAAUAUUUUAAAAAUUGCUAUAAAAUUACUGACAAAUACAACACAUAUGUUAACUCCCCUUUUUUUUAGCCGUUAGAGGAAUAGCGCCGUUGCCUCGCGACAGUUGUGUUUGUUAACAAGCUAACGGGUUAGCAGGUAGACUAAAGGGAUUUGUUUUGGUGGGAACGGGUUUUUGUAUAAAAUAAAUAAAAGAUAAAAAAAUAAAUAAAAAAUGAGUGAACAGCUGAAGUUCAUCGUGGAGCAGCUGAACCGAGAGCCAUUCAAGAAGAACUUUAAUUUAAUCACUUUUGACUCUCUCGAGCCGAUGCAGCUUCUGCAGGUCCUCAAUGAUGUUUUGGCUGAAAUUGACUCAAAGCAAGCCCUUGAUAUCCGAGAAGAAAUGCCUGAGCAGACGGUGAAAAGGAUGUUCACUCUGUUGGGGAUGUUGAAAUACAAACCAGCUGGAGGCUUCUCUGAUGUGAGCAGUUUUCGGCAGGGUCUGGUGACGGGCAGUAAGCCGGUGGUGCACCCCAUCCUGCACUGGCUGCUGCAGAGAGUUCCUGAGCUGAAGAAGAGGGCCUAUCUGGCUCGCUUUCUCGUCAAGCUAGACGUGCCCACCGAGUUCCUUGCUGAUGAGGUCAUCUCAGAAGUCUACCACCAGUAUGAAGAGUUGGUAGAGGGAUUCAAGAAUUACCAUAAGGAGUGUGAACAGCUAAGGAACUUUGGACUUUCUGCAGCUGAGAUUCGACGAGACAUUUCAGCUAUGGAGGAAGAGAAGGAUCAGCUGAUUAAAAGAGUGGAACGUCUGAGAAAGCGGGUGGAGUCUGUGUCUAACCAUCAGCGCAUGCUAGAAGUGGCCAGCCAGCUUCGGGUGGAAAAGGAAAGAGAGGAAUCUCUGGCUCAUCAGAAACAAGAGCAAAAGAACCAGCUGUUCCAGGCUGAACAGAGAAGGCAGAGGUGUCAGCUCCAGCUGAAAGACUUGCGACAGGCAGCAGCAGAUGCCAAGCCUGAGAGCCUGGUGAAGAGACUGGAGGAGGAGAUUAAGUUCAACUCCUACAUGGCAUCAGACAAGCUGCCCAAAGAGUUGGAGCGCAUCCGAAGCAAAGUGCGCUACCUGCAGAAGGUGGCGUCCGAGCCGGCCAUGGGCCAUGCCGAGCUUGAUGAGCUGGAAGAGAAGAUUAAAGAGCUAAAUCAGAUGAACCAGGCGAUGGAGAAGAAGAUGACCAGGACUGACCCAAUGGAUGAUAAUCUCACUCUUUAUAGACAGCAGGCCUCCAUCAUCGCGCGUAAGAAGGAGGCGAAGGCAGAGGAGCUUCAGGAGUCCAGGGAGGAGAUGAACGCCAUCACAAGAGAGCUUAACGCUAAGAGUCAGGCUGUUGGACAGGGAGGAGUCGAGAUCAUCCGCUCAGACGAGUUUAAGAAGUACGUUGCCAAGAUGCGUGGCAAGAACAUCGUUUAUAAGAAGAAGCGUCAGGAGAUGGCAGAGCUGAAGACUGAGUUUGGCAUUCUACAGAGGACGGAGGAGGUCCUUCGCCAGCGCCACACUGCUACACAACAGCACCUGCAAUCCCUGGAGGCUCAGAGAGGGAUCUCGGGCUUCAGCGAGACACAGGAGGAACUGGAGAGAGUCUCUGCUAUCAAAAGUGAAUUGGAUGAGCUGAAGGGGCGCAGGUUGGACAACAUGUCUGAGAUGGUGAAGAAGAUCAAUUCAGCAAUAUCAGAGAAGAAGACGGCUCUCUCUCCAUUAAUAAAGGAGCUGAGGCCACUUCGCCAGGAGUGCCAGGAGCUUUCUCAGGAAUAUGAAGAGAAAAAAGGUCUGUAUGACACUUGCUCUGCUGGAUUGGAAAGCAACAGAUCCAAACUGGAGCAGGAGGUCAGGACCCUGAGAGAGGAGACAUCACAAGGAGAAAACCUCUAUCACCAAAUCAACUGUAUGAGAGAGAUCACUGAGAUUCAAAUGCAGCGGGCAGCGGAUGAAAUGAAGAUCUAUGUGUCCUCAGACCCUCAGACACGGAAAAAGUCCAUUAGGGAGCAGUAUAUCAAGAACAUUGCAGAGCAGGAAUCUUUGGGCAAGAAGCUCCGUGAGGAGCAGAAGCAGGUGAAGGAGAGCCAUGGGCCCAACAUGAAGCAGGUGCGCAUGUGGAAGGAUCUGGAACAGCUGCUAGAGUGUAAGAAGCAGUGCAACCUGCGAGCCCAGAGCCAGGCGUCCAUCGGUCAGGUGAUCCAGGAGAGUGGAGAGGACCGUCUGAUUCUCUAACUAAUCCACACAGCCCAUUAACGUUUCUAGAUCUUUUUUUAUUUGAACCAUUCAUUGGAAUACUAUUCUGCUUUGAUAAAGCAAUGUGUGUUCAGAGCUUACAGAGAACAAUAAUGACUUUGCUGCUAAAAGCUUCCCUUCUUUUUUCUCCCCAUCAGUACAGUACACGGUACAUUUUGGUCUUGCUUUUCAAAACGGAGAAAAAUCUCCUUCUUUGGACAUAAGUACCUGGAGUUGGGAGAUUUUUUGUGGAGAUAACCAGUGAAGCACUCUGAGAGAGAGAACACGUGUUCGCAGAGGUGUUCCAUGGAUAAGGGGUUUCAAAAAUUCAAACAAGUCCCUCAUCUCCAUUUUGACGCGUCUUUAAGAAUAGUGCUACAAUCCAUGUGUUGGAAGAUAACAGCGAACAAAGUGUUACACUUUGAACACGCCUGCAUACGGUUAUUUUUGGAAGCAGCAGUCAUGACCUUGGACAGAAGAGCUGUCCAAUUUAGGAAUUCGGCCGGUCCUUCUUUUGUUUUCCGUCACCGAGGGGCAGAGGUAAUCAGCAGAGCUACGUCUACAACUCCUCCCCUGUUAGUGCACAUGAAUGAGUCUCGCACUUUUGCGUAAUAUAGCAAGAGCUAUUGAUAAUAAAAUAAAUUGUUAAGUGUUACAUGAGCUUCUUUUAUAUCUGCACUCAACCAAAUUAACACAAAUUUUUAAGCAUUAAAGCUACUAUUCUUCUGUCAUUAAAAGUAAGAAAUGAAACUUAUGCAUAUGAAUAUAUCGGAAGAUAUCCCACAAUGCUGUAGUGUGAUGUGUCCUGAUGUGAAAUGGAUGAUUUUCUUAUACCUGCACUUCCUGAAAUGUUUUAUUCCUCUUACACCAUAGCAAUUUACCAACCAGUACUCUACAAUUUUUUGAGAAAUCAUAACACAUCAUAUUUUAAAACCAAUACACAUAUAGUUAGAAUGAGUAUAGUGGAAUGUUCAUGAGACAAGAUGAUGCCUGGUCUUACUUACAUUCUAGCAGAUAUUAAAAGUGCUUCUCUUUUUUUGAGAAAUUGGAAUGUACAAAGUCUUCUGUUCUGAAAACUUUAACAUGGCAGAAAGCAUACUGGCCACUCGAAAGAGCUGACACCAGAGACUAUUUACAUAAAUAUCAAAUAUAAUAUCUACCGAAAGCAUCACCAUAUCAAUGAGUAUACAUUAUUCUUUGUUACAUAACAUAGUUUUAAUCUCUUUAUUGUUAGAUUAGGAUUAGAUUAUGCAGAUU